UUAAGCUACGGACGGUAUCUGGUCGGAGAUCUAAACCGGUGAACUAAAAAAAUAAAUAGCUUAGACCGGAGGAAGAAUCCGGUGCAACAAGGUGUACGAAUUGAACGGUGCGAAUAGUCUGGGCAUGUAGUUGUUUAAUUUCGGAAUCGGAGUCUCCAUCCAAGGUGAAGAACUCUGGCAGAGACGAGACCAUGGCAUCGACGGUGGUGAAGAGUGCGUGUCAGGCGAUUAAAGAGAGAGGUCUCGGCGGUUUCAUCCGGCUUCUCCGGGAAGAGGGCUACACGAAGUGCCUGACAGAUGGAAACCUCUUGCAAACAAAAAUACACAACUUAGGAGCAACACUUGUUGGUGUCGAUAAAUCCGGUAACAAAUAUUAUCAGAAGCUGGGCGAUACUCAAUAUGGAAGGCACAGAUGGGUAGAAUAUGCACAGAAGGGUCGUUAUAAUGCAUCUCAAGUACCACCUGAGUGGCACGGAUGGCUCCACUUCAUGACUGAUCACACAGGAGAUGAGCUAUUGAUGCUGAAACCCAGGAUGUAUGGGGUUGAGCACAAGGAGAAUUUCUCUGGAGAGGGAGAUGCAUACAUUUACCAUUCGAAGGGACAUGCUCUCAACCCUGGACAGAGGAACUGGACCAGGUACCAACCUUGGGAACCGACCAGAACCAGCUAAAAGCCUCUGAUAAGGUAAACAGAUGAAACUGCAAUGCAGAACUCAAAAGAUUUGUUUUGUUUCUAUUAUUUCCUUUGAAUAAAAAAAAGGGUUUGGAUCAAACUCCUCCACCCCACAUAACUUCUUCUGGUUGAAUUUGUAUGAUCAAUUUCUAUGAUCAUCUUCUUGUUUGUGUGUUCACACCUUUGGAAAGAAUGUUGUUUCACAGUUUUUU